AAGAAGCAAGCACACACACAUGGUAUAAAUACAGCUCUCAUUUCAAUUCUGAUUAAGCGGUGAAUAUUUUUUUGGCGAACGCUGUUAAAUUUUGAUAUACUGGACGUUACCAACAUGUGGAAAUCAGCAUCUCUCCUCUGUUUUGUGCUGGUUUUAAAUGAAGUCAGUGGGGUAAAUUCAGAGGAACCGAUAAUGGGUAGGAAAUGCCCAUCUGGCUGGCAAAAAUUUGGAUCACAGUGUUUUAAAUUUUUUAAAGAACAGAAGACAUGGGCAGAAGCAGAGCAACAUUGUAUUGAGCUAGGUGGAAAUCUAGCAUCUAUCCACAGCCAACUUACCCACAAUUAUCUGAAAUCUCUUGUGAAAAGAGAAGCUGGUGCCAUGACCCGGACCUGGAUAGGUGGUCAUGAUGCAACUCAGGAUUUCAUCUGGUUUUGGAGUGAUGGAUCAAGGUUUGUGUACAAAGACUGGCACACUGGCGAGCCAAAUAAUGCAGAGGGGGCCGAAAAAUGCUUAGAGAUGGGUUAUGGAGAGGAGCAGCGUUGGAACGAUGCUCCCUGCAGCACCAAACUCUUCUUUCUUUGUUACAGAGCAUCUAGAAUUGAAUUUUAAAGAAAUGUUAAGAAAAUCAUACAAAAACAAGUCCAGAAUAAUCAAAAAUAAGCUUACAUCACGGGUUUCAGAAAUAAGACAAAAAAGUCAUGCUUAUAAUAAAUGGAACUGGCAACACUGUCUACAAAGUCUUAAACCAAACUUACCAAACUUGUUCUUGUCAAAAAUAUUAUUGAAUGUAAAAGACACGCUUUCACAGUUCAAUAUCUAUCUUUGCAAAAAUAAAGUUUAUAAAGUUAUAUAUGUACAAUUUGUACAACUUGUUGCUCUCAACCCUGCAGUGUAUUUGGCACAUGUGUGAAUCUGUUUUCUUUGGCAAUAAAUGGAUAUG